UGUGAUAAUGACACCACUCCAGGCGCAGUCUCCUUUUGCCAGCUUCCUCCGUUUCUCUCUCUAGAAACCAGAGGACGGAGAGAGAUUGAAUAGGGGACGAUGUCGUCGGAGGACGAAGGAGGAGAAGAGUACCUCUUUAAGAUAGUGAUAAUCGGCGAUUCGGCGGUGGGGAAGUCGAACCUGCUCUCUCGGUACGCGCGAAACGAGUUCAACGCCCACUCGAAGGCGACGAUCGGCGUCGAGUUCCAGACUCAGAGCAUGGAGAUCGAAGGCAAGGAGGUCAAGGCUCAGAUUUGGGACACCGCCGGUCAGGAGCGGUUCCGCGCCGUCACCUCCGCCUACUACCGCGGAGCCGUUGGAGCGCUCGUCGUCUACGACGUCAGCCGCCGCACCACCUUCGAGAGCGUCGGUCGCUGGCUCGAUGAGCUCAAUACUCAUUCGGAUACAACGGUGGCGAGGAUGCUGGUAGGGAACAAAUGCGACCUAGAAAACAUAAGAGCGGUGAGCAUGGAGGAAGGCAAGGCGUUAGCAGAGGCCGAGGGACUAUUCUUCAUGGAGACGUCGGCUUUGGAUUCAACAAACGUAAAAAGAGCUUUCGAGAUGGUGAUCCGAGAUAUAUACAGCAAUGUGGGCAGGAAGCAACUCAAUUCCGACACUUACAAAGCCGAACUGACCGUUAAUCGGGUAAGCCUCGUUAAGAACAACGACAACCUCGUUUCCAAACAAGGGUUCGGUUCUUCUUGCUGUUCUUCCCUUUGAUUCUCUUCUUCUUCUUCCUUUUUUUGUUUUUUCCCCUUCUUAUUUAUCAUCUCCAUUAUUCACAAGUUUUUGCUUUUGUUUGUUAGCUCGUAGAAAAGCCAAAUUUCAGUUGGUUUUACUAUGCUUUGUAUUCAUUCUUACAUUGGAUCAAUGCAACGUAGUUUUGUCUUUCC